UAGGUGGUUGCUGUUGUACAGAGGGCGCGCGGGCGCUCUACCUCAAGCCUCGUGUGCAAAGAGAAUUAGCGAUGGAAAGGACGGGCUGAAGCCGGAGCCUGUCGUCGGUCGUCGGAUAGAUGGGUAUGGGACGCUCGAACGUGGUCGCGUGGGUUUCUGUCCGUACGUUUCGCAGUCUUUCUCUCCUUGUCGGUGUUGGGGGAGAGGAGGGGUGGUGUGUGGGUGUGGAUGCGUGGAUGCGUGGAUGCGUGGUGGUUUUUGGACUCGGGGAGAGAAUGGCUGUGGUGAGGGUGAGAUGGGCCACCGGACGUCGUCGAGAUUGGAUUGAUUGCGUAGAGGUACGGUUACUUAGGUAAGGUAAAAGGUGCCCUUUUGGCCCAAUGAAAUCGCGGGCUUUCUACGCAGUAGGAACUUUGAGUCGGAGGGUCGGUCGUCGGAGUUCCCAGGUUGGCACUUUGGCUUGGC